AUGAGCAACAUCAGUGACGACGACGACAACCGCGUGCUCGGGAUAGCCGCGCACGAUCCCGUUGCCGCGCCGGUCGCCGCACACCCGGACGGUGGCGCAGGCGGGGAAGCGGGGGAAGCAGAGGAGAUGUACCUUGACUUGGGGCCGCCCAGCGAAAGGGACAGCGACGAUGCCGAGGCGGGUGACGGUGGCGGUGGCGGCAGCGGUGGCGGUGGCGGAGGGGACGAGGAUGACGGCGAGGUGGCACCGCUUUCAGACGAGGCUCUUGUGGCCAUUGCGAGCAAGACGGAGGCCAAGGCACUGGGCAGGGAGUUGUACAAACGCUGGAAAAAGUUACAGAAGCGGGACGGGAAGAAGGAGCGGCACCGCCACGACAGCAAAGGGAAAAAGAAAAGCAGGCGAGAGGAUAAGAAACAUAAAGAUAAAAGGAGCGACAGAAAAAGGCACCGUCGAGCCGAGGCUGAGGAGGAAAGCCACCACGAUUCGGAUGAGGGCGCCUGUGAUAACGACCACGAAGAAGUUGAAAAGGUGGUCAGUAAAAAGAAGGGGAAGCGCACUCGUCGCGAGAAGCCUAUUGCCCUCGGGGAUGAAGAGUUGGGUGUGGCACCCUUCGCCGACUUGGACGAGGUGCUUCAGGUGGAAGAGGCCGCAGCAAAGCAGCCCGGCAGAGGUGGGGUCAAAGGCGUGCACGCAGAACCGAAACCGAAGAAACUCUCGGGGGAGGCGCAACGUGGGAUCUUUCGAAACAUUGCGGCAGGUGUUGUAAACGCUAUGCGGGAAGCACGUCUGAAGGAUGAGGUGGACAUGAAUGAGCGACGCCCUCCGCUGCAUCGAGUUGCUAUCCGCAAAUAUGUCAUAUCACAGUGUCGCCGCGAGGCGUUGCGUUCCUUUCUCAUUGAGGAAGGUAUUUUGCAGGAGCUGAGUACGUGGCUGUAUGAUUUCGUUCGUAACGAGCUGGCGGCUUUUGAGUUGCGUUCUGACGCACUUGAUAUUCUUUUGGGGUUUCCCAUCGACGGUGAGCUAGAUGCCGGGGUGGCGCGCAACGGGGAUGAGAUUUUGGACGCCUUCACAGGCAUGACGCGUGAACAGCUUAUCCACACCGAUCUUGGCAGCGCCGUCAAUGCCCUUCGGCAGUCAAAGCAGGAAGUGCACCAGAACCGCGCCAAGGCAGUUCGGCUGCUCGAGAGGUUGAGCCGAGCGAUGGCCGGUGGCGUGCGAAGCGGGCGUCGCGGUGCCGCUGCUGCUGACGGCGGCCGUGGGUCGCACGCAGGCGGCGGCCCCUCUAGCAGUGUGACCUGGAAGUGCAAGGACGACCCGACAGUGGCGCCACCGUUCCACACGGUAAAGACAGGAACCGAAGUGUUUCAAAGCGCCCUUGCACGGCCUGACCCGCUUGAUCCCUUGUCGUACUUGCGCCUGCCACCCCGACGGGCACCGAAGGCGUAUGUGACGAACUUGGGAGGCAACGUUGGCGCGGGGGAUUAG